ACGGAUGAGGAGAAGGAGGAAGAGGAGGUGGAGGAGAAUGAAGAAGAAUUGGAGCAAGAGGAGGAGGAGGAGGAAGAAGAAAAACAAGAUAACAGGGAGGAGGAGAAGGAUGGCGACGACGAUCAUGGCGAGACGAUGGACGAGGAGGAGGAGGAGGAGGAAGAGGAGGCGGAGGAGUAGGAGGAAGAGGAAGAAGAAAAGACUACUGGACGAGGAGGAGGAGGAGGAAGAAGGAGAAAAAUACUGCGAGGAGGAGAAGGAUGGUGACGACGAUGAAGAAGAACAGGAAGCGGCGGCUGAGGAGGAAAGAGAGAAAGAGCGGGCCUCGAUGAUGGACGCAAACUAUGGACGAGCAGGAGGAGGAGGAGGGAGAAGAAGUAAGGGAGGAGGAGGAGGAGUGAGGAGAAUGCCGGACUUGCGACACCGCCGCGGACGGGAUGUAGAAGAGGAGGAUGAGAAGGUUGGGGAGGAGGGCGACGACGACGAGGACGACGACUUGGAUGAUGAGGAAGAACACGAGAAGGAGGAGGAGGAUGACGAGGAGGAGGAGGAUAAGGGGGAGAAGGAUGAUGAUGAUGAUGAGGAGAAGGAGGAGGAAAAAGAAGAGCAGGAAGAGGAGGAGGAGGAGGAGGAGGAGGAGGAGGAGGAGGAGGAUGGCAAAGAAGAAGUAGAGGAGGCGGCGGAGGACGAGGAAGAAGAAGAGAAGGAUGAAGAGGAGGAUAACGACGAGAAGGAGAAUGAGGAAGAAGAACACGAAGAGAAGGAGGAGGAGGAGGAGGAGGAUGUCGACGAUGGACGACGAGGAGGAGGAGGACGUGGAGGAAGAGCAGGAGGAAGAAGAUAAGAAGAAGGAGGAGGAGGGGGAGCGGAAGGAAGUCGAUAGAAAG